AUGGCGCCGCAGAAGGGUGAGAUCAAGGGGCGGGCCCGAGGCCACCCCAGAGGAACAAUGACAAGUCUCGACGAGCCACUGAAGGACAACGGGCCCAGGUGUUCCGAGACGGAGCGGGCACUCUGGCAAUCCAACUCGCCAGAGGUGCACCUGCGCUCCGGCUCGUCGUCGUCGUCUUCGGCGGCCUCCAGCCCGGCCGCCGCCGACAGCCCCGACCCGCCCCCUCCGCCGCUGCAGCCGCCCCCUCCGCCGGUGGGCAGCGGGGCCUUCCGCGAGCUGCUCGAGGCCUGCCGCAAUGGGGACGUGACCCGGGUUAGGCGCCUGGUGGACGCCACCAACGUCAACGCCAAAGACAUGGCCGGGCGGAAAUCGACUCCUCUGCACUUCGCCGCCGGUUUUGGACGAAAAGAUGUAGUGGAACACUUGCUGCAGACAGGAGCCAAUGUCCACGCUCGAGACGAUGGCGGGCUGAUCCCUCUUCAUAACGCCUGUUCCUUUGGUCAUGCAGAGGUAGUCAGCCUCCUGCUGUGUCAGGGUGCCGAUCCGAAUGCCAGAGACAACUGGAACUACACUCCUUUGCACGAAGCUGCUAUCAAAGGCAAGAUAGACGUGUGUAUCGUGUUACUGCAGCAUGGAGCUGAUCCAAAUAUUCGGAACACAGACGGGAAGUCAGCCCUGGAUCUUGCAGAUCCUUCUGCAAAAGCUGUACUUACAGGUGAAUACAAGAAGGACGAACUCCUGGAAGCCGCGAGGAGUGGUAAUGAAGAAAAACUAAUGGCUUUGUUGACGCCUUUAAAUGUGAACUGCCAUGCCAGUGAUGGGCGAAAAUCAACUCCCUUGCAUUUGGCCGCAGGCUACAACAGAGUUCGGAUCGUUCAGCUUCUGCUUCAGCAUGGUGCGGAUGUCCAUGCAAAAGAUAAAGGUGGGCUUGUGCCCCUCCAUAACGCAUGUUCUUAUGGACAUUACGAAGUUACAGAGUUGCUGUUGAAGCACGGAGCCUGUGUUAAUGCGAUGGACCUCUGGCAGUUCACCCCCUUACACGAAGCGGCUUCCAAGAAUCGGGUGGAAGUUUGUUCUCUGCUACUGAGCCAUGGCGCAGAUCCGACUUUGGUCAACUGUCAUGGCAAGAGUGCCGUUGACAUGGCCCCGACGCCUGAGCUCAGAGAGAGGCUCACGUAUGAAUUCAAAGGACAUUCGUUACUACAAGCCGCGAGAGAAGCCGACUUGGCCAAAGUGAAGAAGACACUUGCCUUGGAGGUCAUUAAUUUCAAGCAGCCGCAGUCCCACGAGACGGCACUGCACUGUGCCGUGGCAUCUCUCCACCCCAAGCGGAAACAAGUUACAGAGCUGCUGCUUCGGAAAGGGGCCAACGUGAACGAAAAAAACAAAGAUUUCAUGACACCUUUGCACGUGGCUGCUGAACGAGCACACAAUGACGUGAUGGAGGUUCUGCAUAAGCACGGAGCGAAGAUGAAUGCACUGGACACCCUGGGCCAAACGGCUUUGCACAGGGCCGCCAUGGCAGGGCACCUGCAGACCUGUCGCCUCUUGCUGAGCUACGGUUCUGACCCUUCCAUCAUCUCCCUGCAAGGCUUCACGGCGGCACAGAUGGGCAACGAAGCUGUGCAGCAGAUACUCAACGAGAGCACCCCCGUGCACACCUCAGAUGUGGAUUAUCGACUCUUGGAGGCAUCGAAAGCUGGAGACUUGGAAACUGUGAAGCAACUUUGCAGCCCCCAAAAUGUGAACUGCAGAGACCUGGAGGGCCGCCACUCAACCCCUCUGCACUUUGCUGCGGGUUAUAACCGGGUAUCGGUCGUGGAGUACUUGCUGCACCACGGAGCGGACGUGCACGCGAAGGAUAAAGGUGGCUUAGUUCCACUACAUAACGCCUGUUCGUACGGACACUAUGAAGUGGCAGAGCUGUUGGUGAGACACGGGGCUUCCGUCAACGUUGCCGACCUGUGGAAGUUUACACCUCUGCAUGAAGCAGCGGCAAAGGGAAAAUACGAGAUCUGCAAGCUUCUGUUGAAACACGGAGCGGAUCCGACGAAGAAGAACCGAGAUGGCAACACCCCUCUCGACUUGGUGAAAGAGGGGGACACCGAUAUUCAGGAUCUCCUGCGAGGCGAUGCCGCCCUGCUGGAUGCCGCCAAAAAGGGCUGCCCUCCUUGCCAUGUGGAUAUAGCCGCUUUGCUGAUCAAGUACAACACCUGCGUAAACGCAACUGAUAAAUGGGCAUUUACGCCCCUGCACGAAGCAGCACAAAAAGGGCGGACGCAGCUGUGUGCUCUGCUUCUGGCUCACGGAGCAGACCCAACGAUGAAGAACCAAGAAGGCCAGACGCCUUUGGACCUAGCCACGGCGGAUGACAUUCGGGCCCUGUUGAUCGAUGCAAUGCCCCCAGAGGCCUUGCCUACCUGCUUCAAACCUCAAGCGACUGUGGUCAGCGCCUCGAUCAUCUCCCCAGCAUCAACUCCCUCCUGUCUGUCAGCUGCCAGCAGCAUUGAUAACCUUGCCGGCCCUCUGGGGGAACUUGCUGUGGGAGGGGCGUCCAAUGCCGGGGACGGAGCGGCAGGCACCGAGAGGAAAGAAGGAGAAGUUGUUGGACUUGACAUGAACAUCAGCCAGUUCCUGAAAAGCCUGGGUCUGGAACAUCUUCGGGAUAUCUUCGAGACGGAGCAGAUUACCUUGGAUGUACUGGCUGACAUGGGACACGAAGAGCUGAAAGAGAUCGGUAUCAAUGCCUAUGGGCACCGUCAUAAGUUAAUAAAAGGUGUAGAGAGACUUCUGGGGGGACAGCAAGGCUCCAAUCCUUAUUUGACUUUUCACUGCGCCAGCCAGGGGACCAUUCUCAUCGACCUGGCUCCUGACGACAAAGAAUAUCAAUCCGUGGAAGAAGAGAUGCAGAGUACCAUCAGGGAACACAGAGAUGGUGGCAACGCUGGAGGGAUCUUCAACAGGUAUCACGUCAUCAGGAUUCAGAAAGUAGUGAAUAAGAAGCUAAGGGAGAGAUUCUGUCACCGGCAGAAGGAAGUGUCUGAAGAAAACCAUAACCAUCACAACGAGCGCAUGCUCUUUCACGGUGAGGAAGUGAAACUGGGUGUACAAAUGCUUUUUUGUCGCGUUACGCUGGGAAAAUCCUUCUUACAGUUUAGCACCAUGAAAAUGGCUCACGCCCCUCCCGGGCACCACUCCGUGAUUGGCAGGCCGAGCGUCAACGGACUGGCAUACGCGGAGUACGUCAUCUACAGAGGAGAGCAGGCUUACCCCGAGUACUUGAUCACGUAUCAGAUCAUGAAGCCAGAUACCCCCUCGCAGACAGCAACGGCCGCAGAGCAGAAAACCUAGUAAAUGCUGAGCCGGCGAAGCGAACUCCA